AUCUGAGCCCAGGCUCCUGCUAAGGGGAUCUUGUUACCAGGACUUUGGCCUGCUAUGGAGGUGCCCUUGGCUGCCUGUCCCUGCUACACUUCUCCAAUUACUCCCUGUGAGCCCUUGGUCUGCAGGGGAGAGAAGGUCUCGCUUUGUGGGGGGGCCGAUGCCCCUUUAGCUGCCUGGUCCUGCAGCAGCCGGGGCAGGGAUUCAGGAUACAAUGUGGAUCCAGCCUCCCACGUGCAAGCCCACAACUGCUGUUCAGCUCUCGGGAGCAGGCGGCUCAAGGGGUCUCAGAGUUGGGACAGAGCAGUGUGGUUUUGCAAGGGCGAAGCCCGGCCUGCUAAGGUCGGGGUCACCUACAGCCUGACCCCACCCUCCAGCCUUACUCCCUGCCGGUGGCUUCCUGCGCUGCCAAGGCUUUUCCUUUCGGUGCCGUCGUUCUCCCCUAUGCGUGCUCCGUGCGGCUGUAAGUCGGCUCGCCCCCCUCUGCUCUCUCAUCCCUGGCUGGCAGUGCCUCGCUGUACGGACCGGCUCUGUACACAUGCCCACAUAGCGAGACCCCUCCCUGGCCUGUGUGCUGCCCCCGUGAUGCGUGUCGUGAAGCUGCUGUCUGCGGCGUUGUCCCUUUGUGUAGUGUCCAUGUACCCAGGAUGCAUGAUUAGAGAGAGACUCAUUGUGCACCGGCGGCAGACUAAGCCCGUGGAUGCGUGGAUGGGCUGCACCACGUAUGCUCUCAUUAGCUUCUGGGCACCGUGGCGUCGUUUGAUCUGUCUUGGUUUGUGGCAUGCAAGAUGUGGGGUGCUCCCUGGCCAUGUCACUCGUACUCCGGUGAGAUGGCCCAGCAGCGUGCUAGCACCACCCCGCCUGUCUUCCUGCGGUGCCCAUCUGUCCUCAAUAAAGCGAGAUGAACAACGGCUCCCCGGGCCUGCUGCCUUGUUGCAAUGUAAGGAAGGGAGCUUGGGAGGAUGGCGGGGGCCGUGUGUGGGCUGGAGAGGCGGCAGUAGAGGUAAUGAAGUGCUCAAGGUGAUGGGGGUUUUCUCUUUGCUGCCCAAAACAGUGCAGGCAGGAGCGAAUGAGGGGCCCUGAGCCAGCCUGGGUUUACAACUCGACUCCUGGUCUCUCCCAGGGCAUAUCCAAACCCAGUGCAAGGCUGCCAGUGACUGAGUCAUUUCGGCAGCCCUGCAGGCCGGUCACAAGGAUGUCGGCGGGGGCUAAACACCAGGUACCACCACUGCCUCCCCUGCUAGUGCCCCAUGCCCCCAAGUGACCAGCUUCAGGGGUCAAGAGCUGGGCUCAGCACUAAAUUCACUCCACUGGCUCCAACCCUUGCUCCUCAGAUUGUAUCCUACAUCUGUUUGCUCCCAGGAUGAGAGGAAAGGAUGGAGGGGGGGAUAUUUUUAGAGCUCACCAUACAAAUAUGCUCUGAGAGGGGAGGUUGAGCCAGCUGGAUGCUGCUUCCCUUGUUUUUUCACCCACAAAUCUGAUGCUGAGUGGUGGAUGGCUUUUUUCCCUAUAGGACACUGAUGCUCUGUGGGAGAAGUCUCAUAGAGCCUGCCCGGAUGCUCCUUGGAGCUCCCUGACCCAUACGUGCUCAUGCACGGGAGCAGAGAGGACCCUAAAGGGGCUGGAGGUGGGGACCCCUCCCAGCUCACAAGUCCCCCACACUAGCGCUGAUAUGUGCCAAGGAGAUGGAGAUGCCAGGCAGGCGCGGCUAAAAACCAAAUGAAGGUUCCAAUUCGGAGUGACGCCAGUUAAUUUCCCGGGAGGCUGCAGUGACAGCGGCUUAUUGCCCUUCUGCCCCCCUGAGGCAGGCCGAAAAGCACUGCUUCAUAGGCGGAGAGGAGAAGCGAAAUCUGGUGGCCCCAUCCAUUAGGUCCAAACAAUGUGGUUUCUUCUUGCACGCGUCUGGAACCCCCGUGGUGGGGGCG